AUGAGGAGCCUGGCUUUGCUGUUGGUGGUGGUGGCGGUGGUCGGUGCCGAAAGCAUCGUUGAACUCAUCAGCGAAGAAUGGGACGCCUUCAAGCACAAACACCAGAAAUCGUACGAAAACGAGACCGAGGAACAGUUCCGUAUGAAAAUCUACGCUCAGAACAAGCUUAAGAUGGAGGAGCACAACCGGCGCUUUGAGAGCGGCCAGGUGACGUACCGCGUCGGAGUCAACAAGUACGCGGACAUGAUGCACCACGAGUUCGUGCACACCAUGAACGGGUUCAACAGCAGCGCCAAAGUCAACACCGGACUAAAGGGAUCCGAGUUCGUGCCGCUCGCCAACGUGCAGAUGCCGUAUGAGAUGGACUGGCGCUCUUAUGGUGCAGUCACCAAUGUUAAGGACCAGGGCCAAUGUGACUCCUGCUGGGCCUUCAGUACUACGGGUUCAGUGGAGGGGCAGCAUUUCCGCAGUAAUGGCUACCUCGAGUCGCUGUCGGAGCAGAACCUGGUAGACUGUUCGGGCCCGUACGGGAACUAUGGCUGCGAAGGUGGUUUCAUGGGCAACGCCUUCAGGUACAUUAUCGAUAACGGAGGCAUCGACACGGAGAACAGCUACCCCUACGAGGCCGUCGAUGACAUCUGCAGGUUCGACCCCGCAAGCGUGGGCGCUACAAUCACGGGCUACGUGGACCUGCCGAGCGGUGACGAGGAAACACUGCAGCAGGCUGUGGGCACCGUGGGACCCAUCUCAAUCGCUAUCGACGACAGCCAAGAGUCCUUCCAGUUCUACGCUGACGGAGUCUACUACGACGAGAACUGCUCAAGCGACAACAUCAACCACGCGAUGCUGGCGGUGGGAUAUGGCAUGGACCAAAACGGUGGCAACUACUGGCUCGUAAAGAACUCAUGGGGAACCACGUGGGGGGAUCUCGGCUACAUCAAAAUGGCGCGCAACCAACGCAACCACUGCGGCAUCGCCACGUACGCCUCCUACCCGCUCGUCUGA